GGUUUGCAGAUUGGCGGGUUUACUCCGACAGGAGCUUUCGUCCGAUACUCAGAGCUCAAGUUGAAAAUUACAUGUUCUCAGCUUCACAUCAUAGGUUCGAGCUCUAAACCCGCACGCGGCUCGCACAGACAUCACAAAUGGAACCAGUGCAAGAACAUGCUUCGCUUAUGCGGUCGGGAGAGGUUUGGUACGAUGAUGGCAAUGUCGUGCUACAGGCCGGCGACACCCUCUUCAAAGUGUAUCGCGGUGUUCUCAGCAGAGAAUCGCCCUUCUUCAGGGACAUGUUCUCUCUGCCUCAGUCGGAUGCUGCCACGGCGGAAUGCUAUGACGGAUGUCCGAUUAUUCCUGUGCAUGAUAAGCCAGUUGAGAUGAAGAAAUUUCUUACUGCUACGCAUAAUUAUGAGUACCAUUUCAAUGGACGUUUUGAUUGUAUCGACUAUGUCGCUAUCCUCAAACUCGCCUCGAAAUAUCAGGCAGAGACGCUACGCAGACGGGUUGUCGAGACCUUGCAAUACGUCUAUCCCGACACCCUAGAUGGAUUCGAUAAGGCUCGCAUAGCGGGCUGGCACUUUCCUGCUACCCAUCCUCUACACAAACUAAGCCUGAACGACUUCUCCACGCAUGUCGCGGUUAUCAAUUUGGGGACCGAGCGGGGUGCGUCGGUCCUCCUGCCCAGCGCAAUGCUCCGCGUGCUGGUGAGGGGCAUCGACAGCAUCGUGAAUGGCGAACAGUCUACGCAGCUGGACGCACAGAGCCGGGACACGCUGCUCUCCGCGCUUCCCGCGCUCUCGCUGCUCGCCCGGCAGCACACCUUCGAGGUCCUCUUCCGCGACGCGUGCGGGCUCUCGGACCAGUGCAUGCAGAUCGACUACUGCGACCGAACGCGCCGGCAGCUCGUGCGCACGCUCGAGAACCCUUCGCUCGCGCACAUGAUCAGCCCGUUCCACAUCCUCGGGUUCGGCAACAAGUCCAAGCACAUUCAGAACCUCUGUCCCGAUUGCCGCACGGCGCUCAAGAAGUGCUACGACGCUGGGCGCAAGCUCGCGUGGGAGAAGCUGCCGGCAGUCUUCAAGCUGCCCGAGUGGGAUGAGCUGAGGAGGCUCGCGAGAGAGUCUGACACUCCAGGAGAACAGGGAGAGGCCGCGGACGAGAGUGAAGUAGACCCUGAGGAUGGAUAGCGUGCCGGGGCCUCAGGCUGACUCAGUUCCAAUUAUCCAACAUCUCAUGUGCAGGUUUGACAGACUUUAUUUUCUUUUGCAGGUACUGUAUUGUACAUUUUCA